UGCAGUCUGCGGCCUUCCUUCGCUUCUCCCCGGUACACGUCAUGCAAACAGCAACGUUCAUGCUCUGAGCAUGCGCAGUGUUGAAUCCUUCGCAAUUGUGUCUUGAAGAGGACUGUACGAUGGCCAUGAUGCUCCGCGCCUGUGUGCUGCUAGCUGUCCUGGUCCUGGGCUCAGGAGAGGAAGGAGCCCGGCUGCUGGCCUCUAAAUCCCUACUGAACCGCUACGCAGUGGAGGGCCGAGACCUGACCCUGCAGUAUAACAUCUACAACGUCGGUUCCAGUGCUGCCCUGGAGGUAGAAUUGUCUGACGAUUCGUUUCCUCCUGAAGACUUUGGAAUUGUGUCAGGGAUGUUGAAUGUAAAAUGGGACAGGAUAGCACCAGCCAGCAAUGUCUCUCACACGGUGGUGCUGCGGCCCCUGAAGGCUGGAUACUUCAACUUCACCUCUGCCUCUGUUAGCUAUCUGGCCCAAGAGGGCGGACAAGUCGUGGUGGGCUAUACCAGUGCCCCAGGUCAGGGUGGCAUCCUGGCUCAGAGGGAGUUUGACCGGCGCUUCUCUCCACACUAUCUGGACUGGGCUGCGUUUGGUGUGAUGACUCUGCCCUCUAUUGGCAUCCCUCUGCUUCUCUGGUACUCCAGCAAGAGGAAGUAUGACUCACCAAAGGCCAAGAAGAACUGAGGAGCUCUGACAGGGUCUGAAGCUCAGAGAAAGAAGAAAGAGGCUUCGGGUGGCGGGGGGAGAUCUCAGAAGGGCUUAAUGACCCAUAUUGGGAGUGUAAGUGGUUACCAAGGAUUAUGAUUUGAUCAAAAAGCAGGAUGGUUAGUGAACAUAAGUUUUGUGGCUGCUGUUCAUUCCCUCACAUCUGCGGGAAGGCUCAUGUGACAGAGCGUGAUGCCUGCAAUUACUGCUCUUACAGCUGUCUGGAACCUUCCUGACCUGAAUCCAGAUGUGAAAAAUGUAGCCGGUUGUUAAAACUUCAAAUUACAUCAAUAAACUUUUUUUUGUUUUUGUAAUAUGUACCUGCCUUUUUCAUUCGGUUCACAUCUGCCUUGUAUUACAUGGAACCAUAGAAAAUGAUGGUGUCUUCAUGCAACACUGCUAACCAAUGUGGCCCUUCAGCUUCCUGUGUUUGUCGAUCAUCUGAUCAUUCCAAUAUUCAAACCAUCUUUUUAUCAUUCGCCUUCAGGGUUUAUUUAGUAUUUAUUAAGUAUUACUUUUAUGACCAAAGAGUACCUGGAGAUUACAAACAUCUACACCAAAUAAGCUCCUGAAUGUUUUUUUCUUAGUU